AUGGCGACGUUCAAAGCGUUCAAGGAUCAGAUUUAUAAAGAAUUGAAGAAGCAACACAAUUCAUCAAAUUUAUUUGUCGAUAAAGAGUUUCCAACUACUAUUAAAUCACUCGCCAAGGUCGAAGAUCUAAACCUUGAAACUGUUGUAUGGAAAAGACCAAAGGAUAUUAUUCCAAAUCCUCAAUUUGUUGUUGGUACUUAUGAAAAAGAAGAUUUAAAUCAAGGAGGAGUCGGAAACUGUUGGUUCAUUGCUGGUUGUGGUGCCCUUACAUUAAAUAAACGUUGUCGUGAGCAAGUAAUUCCUGAAAAUCAAUCGUUCGACGAAAGUGAUUAUGCCGGUAUUUUUCAUUUCCGAUUUUGGCUCUAUGGUGAAUGGUACGAUGUUGUCAUUGAUGAUCAAUUACUAUGUAAUCAAGAUAAUGAAUUGAUUUAUUGUUACAAUAAGAAAGACAAAAAUGAAAUGUGGGCUCCAUUACUUGAAAAAGCUUAUGCAAAACUUCAUGGCUCUUAUCAAACAUUGGAUGGAGGUGAUAUAAAUGAAGCUCUCAUUAAUAUGACAGGAGGGCUUGAUGAAACCUUUAAUCUAUCAAAACUUGAUGCAAAAAAAGAUAAGCAACCUAAUUAUAAAGAAACAAUCAAGCGAAUAAUGUAUCAAGCAUUUGCCAAAAACUCUAUGCUUGGUUGUUCUAUCGAUCCAAGUCCGUCAAAAUCAAAAGAAGAUUCGUCAGAACCAGAAGAAGAGCUUCCCAGUGGUUUGUUUGCAGGACACGCAUAUAUUGUUAUUGACACUCAGGAUAUAACAACAAACGACGAUAAAAAGGUCUCACUUGUUAAAAUUCGUAAUCCUUGGGGAAGUGGUACCGAAUGGAAUGGUGACUGGUCUGAUAAGUCACCAGUAUGGGAUGACGUUAGUAAAGAAGUAAAAAAGAAGUUAACAUAUGAAGAGGUUCAAGAUGGUGAAUUCUGGAUGUCAUGGGACGAUUUUUUUUCUAACUUUCAUGAACUUGAGAUUUGUCACUGUGGUCCAUCAUCAUUCGAAGCUAUAGCAAGGCAACUAGAUUCUUCGAAACCAGUUGAUCAAUCUGAGGUGAAAGAUCAAGCUAGUGUUAAUAACGAUAUUCAAAACACGCAAUUAAAAUUAUCUAAAAAAGAAUUGAAACAAGUGGCAGCCAGUGAAUAUGGUAAUCGAUCCGUUAUAACUAAACGAUUUCGCUUACCGAUAGGAACUUAUGUUAUUAUUCCAUCCACAGCCGAUGAUGAUCGGACUGCUGAAUUUUUAUUGCGAGUAUUCACUGAAAAGAAACUUGAUCAAACAGCUCACUUAAAAAACAAUAAGUCGAACCUGACUAAAGAUGAACGUGUGCUUCAAGACAAAAAACCUCGUAAAGUAGAUUAUGACAAGAUCGGAGCAGAUGAUGAUACGUCCGACAUAAUUAUUGAAAUAAUCGAAACGCCUGAUGAAAUUGAUCAAGCAACAGAUGCUGAAGAUCCCGACGCACAAAGUGACUCGAAUGCAGAUGCAAACAAUGAGUCAACAUAA